UUUUUGGGGGGGGCGUAUAACUUGUAGGCCUUUAAUACAAAGAAACAGAAAUUGAAAUGCUCUGCAGAAGUACAUGGACACAUGUGUUCCACUUGCUGCCUCAGUUCACACACACAAAAGAGCAAUGCAACUUUUGUGCUUCAAAGUGUAUUGUUUACUGCACAUCUGCAAGGCUGUUGAGCAGUAGCCUGCCUUCUCUGCCUGGGGGAUCAUUCAUCAUAGUUAAUGCGUUGAAGAAAAAUAGGGAUGCUAGGAAGGUGAGUAGCACACCACACACAUCCAGGUAAAUGACUUAAGGGUGCUACCAUUAAUCAUUCUCUCUCCAUUGUCAAGGUCACUGCUGAUAGGCUGCUGACGUCACAGCAGAUGAUAGAAAGUGAGCCAGUAAGGUCAGAGAGCAUGUCAAAAUAUGGAUUCCAUGUUUUUUAACCUGGCGUUGAACUUGGGCACGGCACACGAUAGGAGUACUGAGAAGAAACCAGCGUUAUUACUGCAUGCUGGCAACAAGCUAUGGGAACCACCUGUCUGGUGCUUUCUCCUCCACUCCAGAAGUUGUAACCUCUGUCACCCUGCCAGCUGGGAAAAACAUUACAUGAAAUGAUGGAGAAAUAGCAUACAUGUUUGCCAGCAGUGGUUAAGUUGAACCUCAGUGGCCACUUCAGACCAAGUGGACAUUGACAAACGAUUACAGCAAGCCAGUUUGCGAUUGUGGAGGUGGUAGCAAUGGGUACAGAGCAAAAAUGCCUUCAUUUUCCUGACAUAAUGACACCAUUACAGGAGCCUUGAUAGUGGUUAAGAGGCAAAUCUGGCCGAUCCAAUGGGUCAGCAGCACUCGCAUGCUGCAAAGGCUGCUCAGCUAUCCGCAAUAAGCUCCAAACUGAGUGGUGCCACAAAAGAAAGCCUGGAUGCCCGUGGGUCUGGAUUUUGCAAAACAGAGCAUGGGAAUAGUUUACAGCCAGGGGCCAACAACUCUGCAACAGAUGCCCACACUAUUUUGUCUGGUUCCUCGGCAUCAUCUUUGUAUGCAACAGACAUGCACACAAAAUCAGUUCGUGCUGCCAUCGAUUCUUUUAUUGAAAAGUGUGUGGUAGGAGGUGGAGAGUCCCAGAGUUCUGACUUAACACAUGAUAAAGGAGUCAUAUUGCCGUGGAAGAAGAGUGAAGUAAAAAUUGAGAAACUUAAUGAUCUUUAUGAGCCCAGUGACUCCACUAACACUAGAGGUACUGAUGAUCCCAGCAAACGAGAUGGUGAGAGUGCUUACAUGGACAAUAAACAUGAAGCAGAAAUGAAGCAGGAAAGUCCAGUUGUGCAUGACUGUUUUGAAAUUCAGAAUGAGUCCAAAAAUGGUCCACCUGUAGCAAGUCAACAGGAUGCGGAAAGCGCAAAGUUGAAGUUAACAAAAGAUGCUAAAAUGGUGGACAAUGUCAAAGAAGAAAGCUCCAGGCAGCCUUCCACAACUUGUGAUAGUCCUAAGCAAGGUGAAACAAGUGCAGACAAGUUAAGUGCAACUAGCUUUGCUUCGCCCUUGAAGCCAGAGGUAUGCAAAGGAUCUAGUACUCCAGUUUCUGUGAAUGGUGUUGAGGAAAGUUCCAGUAGUAAAGCAGAAGAUACUGGAGAUUGUUUAAAAGAUGCCACAGUUAACUCUGAUAAUGGAGAUGGGAGAUCUAUUCGUCUGCAGACCAUCAUUGACCGAGUCUUAGAUACUUCCCUGGGAACCAGUUCAGAUUUGAAAAGUGUUCCUUUAGAGCAGCAGCUUCUUCCAAAGCUGGCAGCUGAAGAAAGGGCAAUGGAGAUGGCCAAAAAUAAUGCCACUAAACUCCCAGACACUGGUAGUAAAAAAACAGAAAGCAGCAGUGGCAUAGGGAGCAGGAAGGAGCCAAUGGUGUGCUUCAUGGAGCACAUUCAGGAAGCUGUAGAACGGAGCUUCUCCUCAAUAACUGAGGAAGAGGAGCGAAAAGAAAAGGGAAAAAGCAUUGUGAGGACAGGCUCAGUUUCUAAACCUUCAGGGCGAAGUAGUCAGUCUUUUAAAGGUACCAAUGAAAAUGGAAGUGUUUCAGGCAGUGACAGCACCAUCUCAGUGCAGGAUAUUGUUGAUCGUGUCAUCAGCCAAACAGAGGUCAUCAGCCAGAUGAUGACAACAUCUUCUGCAUCUGUUUCACAUACAGACACCAAACCUACGGCCACUGUCUCAGGGACUUUCUAUCCCAGCAGGAUUCCUGUUGAUACUAGCAGCCAGCGUCGUGGAGGCUACACCAAAGAUGAAUCCUCACGGGAAGCUCCUGUUCCAGACCGUCGUCGAGGGCGACCCAGAAUGCAAAGUCCCUACCUGGAUUCCCGUGAUGCUGCGCAGCAGGAGUACCUCCAGAAUUCUACAUCGCGUGCACACUCAGAAUCACAGGCAGCUCGCCGGGGAGCACCAGCAGAGGAACACUUGCAUUCCAUAGAAGCUACAGUGUCCAGAAUUCGACCCUCUCCGUCAUCGGUCCACACAUUUCAUCCUCUAAUGACAUUGGGACCUGCAAGCUCACCUGCAUAUAUCAGAGGCAUGACAUCACAACCAGGGAUUAUGCCACUAGUGCCACUUGCCAGUGUUGGCAAAAUGCAUCAUUCAGCUGCAGGCAUGCAUGCAGCAGGAGGUGCCAUGCAUGGACUCCAAGCUUCUCAUCUGCAAGGUGGCACACAGCCCCCGCCUCUCUUGAUGGUUGGGCCGGUGGAACGAAUAGAGAGUCAAAGUUCCCUUCAGCACCAGAAGUACCACACACACCCCAGGUCCUGUCCCUGCACCAUGUGUGCCAUGUACUCUGCAUGUGAAAGUGGUGGCUCAAAACUGCCACCGCCUCACACAGACAUGUCUCAGCAUUCACCUCAUUCGCCACACCACCCAUAUGCACUGAAGAAUCCAGGAGCAUCAUCACAGUCUCCCAAGUACCUGCAAAUGGUUGCUGGUGAGGUUGCUUCGGAUCACAAGGCGGAUGGUGGGUCACAUUCCCACAGCAAUGCCUAUGGCUCCUCUGCUCCAGUGUAUCCACCUCCCCAGCAGCCUUUGAGGGCGCCAACCAAAAUGCAUCCUACUACCUAUCCACCUUACGGCAUUCAGACAGGCAUGCCAGUGCCCAUGCCAAGUUUUUCUGAAAGCCGGCAAGGAGUGGAGAGCCGUCAACAUGGAGACUAUCACAGGCAUUUAGACAGGACAGAUUUCCAGAAAGCGGCAGCUGGCCCACCAGUCACAGGGCAGUAUGAAAAGGCUGUUAAUCCUCCCAGUGACAGCUCACUUGUUACCUCCUAUCCAGCACCAGAGGCAAGGUUGCCAAAACAAUCCCUGCCUGAUCACCAUAUCCAGCAUCACCGCAACAAACUUGGACAUGAGGAAGGCCCAGUGCUGGAUCUGACAGUUAAGAGGGAUAUGUGCUGUUUAGAUGAGGAAGAUAAACCAUUAGAUUUAUCUAAAAAGACCUCUGUUGUGUCCACUCUGAAUUCCGAGAAGCAAGACAUUGGCCACAUGUUUCCUGGGAAUGUACGACUUCAUAUGGAUGGUGUUGGAGACAGGAUGUAUGUGGACCCAAAUGUCCUACCUCUUGCCAGUGCUGGUAGUGCAGGAGAUGGACGGGGGAUGCCUGUGAUGGAAAGACACGUUGCAGACAUGCCUGAUGGUAAACUCAUGGUAGGAAGCCAACAUCUGCAGAAUCUAGAGACCAACAUGGAAACAUACUUCCAGAAACGUUCACAAAAAACCCAGCAGCAUGCCAUUCAGCCCUCUCAGCACCAUGGCAUUGUGUCUGUGCCUCCACCUAAUGGCAGUAACCCUGGAGUCCCUCAUAGUGGUUCCUGCAUUCCCAUGCCUUCCCAUCCCCACCAAUCGCCUUUGCCAGCACAGCAGGGAAUUCAUUCUGCUAAACAGAUCUCACUAACACAUCACAUGCCUUCCCACCCAAACACACCUCAGGGAUCUCAAGAGCCCCUUCUGUCACCAGUAGGUGGGCGGCGACCACAGCUGCACCCCAUUCCAGCCCCAAGUCUGUCUACAACACUGGGACCAGGAGGCAGUUCAAGAAGGUCCAGUCCAUAUCAGAGCUGGGCUGGGAGUGGUCAGUUUAGUACCCCAUCAGCAGCAGCUAGCACCCAUCAUGGGCAGCAGUCACCUACAGCACCGCCGCCACCACCACCAGCAGCUCCCCAACAGUUGUCUGGCUUUCUGAGUGUUCCAGGCGGCCAGCCCACCAGUCCUCAGCCUUUGAGGAGUGAAAGUGGAGGAGUGAUUGUCAUCCCAGAGUCAGGUCAUCCUGCAGCCAGCCGAUCAGCUUCCCCGCCUGGUAGUGAUCACCGUGGCGCCUGGGAUGAGAGGAGGAGAGGUAGUGUGUCCAAACAUGAGCCUCUUCAAAAUAUACUGGGCAACCACAAUCCUGCAGACAUUCUUUAUCUCAUCUGUCGCCAGUGUCGACAAACUUACGGUAGUCCAUAUGGAUUCCGCAAGCACUUCCGAAACAUGCAUGGCUUUGAGCCAAAGGCGGAGCACACUAUCGUUCAGACCAUUUCUGCAACUAAAAAUGCCAGGCAGCAGGCAGGUAUGCCACAGCACUUUGACGGUGAAGUUCAUGGGGAUGACUACCCAGCAUUUACACAAAAUGUGUCACUUGGUGAUGGGGCUAACAUGGGACGUUACGCAGCUUCCCCACAAUCAGACAUAGGUCGUUUGACCCAUGACAGCAGUCCCAGAAGUGCCAGCUCAGAAUCGCCUAUCGACUCCAUGCAUCGAUCCCCAUUGGAAGGGGGUAACAUCCCUUCUCAGGUGUACCAUCCUAGGCAGCGCCGUAGCUACAGCCGCAACAGCUCGGAUACAAAAGCAAAAUCUGUCCCUGUAUCCAAUGCUUUGUCAUUAUCAUCUUCAUCAUCAUCCUCUUCCUCUUCUGCUGGAACUCCUGGUGUGUCUGUUGAAGAGAGAGAGGACACAAAAUGUCUGGAAUGUUCAGAAUGCAAGCAGACUUUCCAGUUGAAUGAUUUUGGCUCAUAUAAGCGACACUGCCGACAACAUGGUCAAGCCAAGGGAGCAGCUGGUACUGGCAGAGGACCAGGCGGGUACACCUGCAGCGACUGCCAGUGUUCUUUCUCAGAAUCUCAUCAGCUGCAAGACCAUCUUGUCAGGCAUGAGCCAAAUGCAGCCCCUAUCAUCUGUCACCUUUGUUCUCUUCCUUUCUCAACGCCAUACCUCCUUCAGGAGCACAUGCGAGCUGUACAUAGUCAGGUCACAAAUUCAGCCUUUGAGCUGUCCAUUCCUUCAUCUCUUUCGUCGUCACUGAACGCCACCUACAGCAGCAGCACCACAAAAUUUGUAGACUCAUCUGCAAGGUCUAGUGGUGACAGUGGCCAACAACUGUCCACCUCGGUUGCAUCUUCACCCAUUUUGAGCAUCAAGACCAGCACUGUGUCUUCGGUGGUCGACUCCUCUGGAUUUAAUCUGCUUGUUACCACGCCUUCGAAUCUGGAGGUCCGUCGUCUGCCAGCUGACCAUAUUGUAACAAGUGCCAGCCCUGACAGCAGUUCUGACAAAAAACCUCCGGAGAUCGUGCCAGUGUCAAGCUCCUCUCAGCUGAAAGCAGACGGCUCAAAAGGCAACGAAACUUUGUCAGAUUCACCAGCGAAGCUAGCUUCAGUGGAAAACCCCCAGAAAGUCAAGACAGAAAAGGAGUGCAAUUCAACAUCCAAAACAGUGUCCAACAGUGAAGAUGAUAAAGAUUCUGGGUAUUCUGGGGAGCGAUGUCCCUCUAACGAGUCACGUUCCAUCUCAACAGAGAGUUCCUUAGCAUCGCCCAUGGAAACAGACGAAUCUGCAGAGUUGUACCUCUACAAACACAAGAAGUUUGGUGCGCAUCGCAAACGGGGGGGAUCCAACGACCUGUCCGAGCUGGAAAUUAAACAGGUUCGACAAGAUCACAGUACUAGCAGCUUGACUACUACAAAUUUAUCUGACUCCCAAGACAGCAACAGUCGAGAUUGCCCAACAGUCACGUCUGCCACAGACAGCGCCAACACCAAGAGUGAAAGUGGAGUGGAUGGUACAAAGUCAGCAGGAGGAGCUGGAGGAGACAAAAACACCUCUCAGGUAGCUAAAAGUAUGGCUAAGACAGAAGCCCGACACCAGAUGCCUUUUGUGUGGGACCGCGUGACACGCAGUCAGGCCGGCAAACAUGCCCGCUCAACUGACUACACAUGAAAUUUUGUGGUGCUAAGGAACCCCUCCAACUACCCCUCCCCCAAAAAAAAAACUUCACAGUGUACAUUUUUUUGUGAGUGGAUUGUGAGCAUCAUGGCUAGACUUUUGGUGGUUUGUGCUUUGUGUUUUAUGGGAUUAUGUUUACAGCUAAAAAGGUGUUUUUUGAAUUGUUCAAACCUUUCCUGUUCUAAUCGGAAUAUGGUGGGAUCUUGUCAUGAAUUGUAAACCAUGAAACAUACUGGUAGCAUUGUCUGGCUGGUGCACAAAAAAAUGUUCUGUAUCUUAUGUGUUAAGAUGAUUACGUUUUCCACAAGAAUCUCUUUAUGAUACAACAGUGUAGAGCCACCGUGCAGACUUGAAAAGUCAAGAGGCUGUUGUGACCAGAGAACUAUUGCUGCCUGUUUACAGCAUUAUCAGUCGUGAUGGUGGGUUGCUUCGCACAUAUUAAAGGAAAAGAAGACUGAUAAAAUCUGCUGAAUCACUUCAGUUAGUAAACAGUCACGCUAGGUUAAUUUUCUUUAUUGAUGAUAGAAAUGCUGCCAAAACAAAAAUGCCUGCACAAUCAAAAUUCUGAAGAGUUUUGCAUUGUGAGGGGGAAUGUGCUUGAUCCUAGAUAAAGAGUAAGCUGGGCUGAAUGGCAUUGCCUGGCCAACCGGAUGCCUGCAAAGAAAGAGAAUUCAGAAAAAUCAUUACAGUAAGCGUAAGGGCAGAUUGUGGAGAUACGUAGUCUAGCGAUAGCCUACAAGACUUUCAGCUCCUAGAAGCUGAAAGCCACAGAAUGCCUUGGGGAAAGAGACUUGGAAGAAGGGGGAAGAUAUGAAGGCUGUGUUUAACAGGAGCCUGAUUGUGGUUCUUGAUUGUUCAGGGUGGUUUUGGCUAUUCCGCAUGUCUUUGGUCAAUAUGUUCAACAGGUCCAGUCUCAUAACAUAUUGAGCUUAAAAAUGGUGGAUUUUUUGUGCUUGAAUGGUUUGGUCAUUGGAACGGGUUAGUAAAAGGGAUGGAACAGGCUAUUGGGGAUGCACCUUGGGUUAGCUUUUGCUGUGAGAGUCUGAAAGGUACACAUAAGGCUACACUUUUCCGUUUAAAAGUGCCACAUAUGACAUUUCAUCUCCCAUCAUUCUGUGGCCUACAUUCCAUAAAACUAGGCCAAGUGUACUGUUUAGGUUUGUUCCUUCUUUUCCUCUAGUGCCUGCCUUCAAAAAAUUUUAUGCCCACGUAAAGCAUUUGAUGGAUUGUAUCUGUUAACAUAUCGCUAUCACUUACCAUGGACGUGCUCCCAACAGUCCUGGUUAAAGACACUUUAGGUGUGAGGCAGGUGAACAGGAGACAGGGGAGGCUAUGUAGCAUCUGCAUUUUUAGCAGAAAUCAAAUGUCAUAAGAUAAGAGUGUAUGCAUUUUAUGUACACAUGAAGUGUUCAGAUGAUUGAUGCAAGCAUGCUAUCAUGUGAUUUUUCAGGUGUGUCCCUUUGGCAGAGACACUCUUCUCAUCUUUGCCAUGUUUUUGAGAUUGGUGUCUUAUUAACACCAAUUCAGUAUUAACAUGUUUGACACUUAGUAUUUGUUACGUGAUUUUCCUCUCUUCCCCAGCUAUUAAAAUAGUGUUCACUUUAUGGUUAUCCAUAGAAUUUUAGUUCAUUUAUAUUGCAGUCUCAUGGUGCAACUGUGUUCGUAGUCAUGAUAUUUUGAGGUCUUCACCUAGUGGUGUAACACAUCCCUUAGCACUUUUCACAAGUUAUUGUUGUACGGUUUUGUCAUGUAUGGUUUGUGUGAUUGGCUGCAUGAAGGUUCUGUGGUCCUAAUGAUUUUCUCAGUCCUUUCUUGUUUCAGUUUCCAACUUUAAUUUCUCAAAAUGACUACUAAUAAUGAUGUUUCCAUCUUGACAUGUAAUUUUAAUCUAUCUUGAAGAGAAAAUGUUACAUUUUUAUGUCAUCAGAUUGCUGCUUUUUCUCAAAGAACAUUAGAGUUGUUUGAAACAAGUUUGUAUGGGAAAUCAAUAAGAACACAGUUUUUGAAUGAGAUAAGGUCUAGCCAGCAAGCAUUUGAAUAUGAAAUAUGUACAAAGGGGUGCAACCUGUGCCUGAUAUUUUAGCACCUUAUUUUUAAGUUCUUUUCAUGUGAUUGGACUAUCAUUCAAAGAGGUAAAUGAGCUGCACAUUCUACUCCAUAGUGAGUGAAAGUGAUGUGUUUUGUGCCACAGCAGCAUCAGGCAGCAGUGUUGAGACUCACAGACUUGAGAUGGGGGCAUACUUCCUAGACCCAGCAUGAAUGAAUAUUCCCAGUUACUGCCUCCAUACACUAAUGUGCCCGCAUGAGAUGGUGUGUAAAGCUGUGAGUACUCAGUGCACCUUAUCCCAGAGGUAGAUCACAUAAACGUUCACCAGUCCAUUCUAACAAGUGCCUGGAAAAUUACAAAUCACACCCUCCCACAAAGUAGGCUCUCCCGUAGAUUGUCUAUCUUGAAGCAUUUUAUAAUAUUUAUAUAGUACUUUUCCCCACACAAUAGGCGAGCUAGUAGGUAGUAAGGCAGUAUGACGGAACGGUACCACGAUGAGACAAACACACAUGCACAGUGAACAUUGCCAGGAACAUGAACGCAGAGAGAAGGUGGAAAAGGAUCAGCUUCCAGUUUUAUGCUUGGAUUUGUAGCAGGGUUUCCAGAAGUGUCUCCAUGAUGUACUGACUAGUACGGCGUGAAACAUCAAUCGUUUGAUUAGUCAGUUGAGCUUUUUAUACUUUGGUAGAAGAGUUUCCUCGCUGUCCUUACACCGGCCUGGCAAUAAUCCAUGGCUGCUCUUUCUCCACGUCUGCUCUGAUAGCCUCCCUCUUACACCCAUCUAUUGUUUCCACCUCUGGCAUUUACCUUAUCAUGGUGAGAGGAAAUAGUUUUUAACCCUAAUGCUACCUUUAAAAUACCUUCUUAUAUUUUGAUUUUUGUACCUUUUUUUUUUCUCUUAAUGCACAUUCGUGCAGUGCGCAUGAGGGAGGGGACAGGGGAAGCUGGUGAGGGUGGCCUUGCAUGCUGUUGUUGGCAUUUGCCAGUCUUCUGGCGAUAACGUCUGUUGCCACUGAUACGCGGCGCCGUGUAAUAAUUGGAGGUUUUUUUUUUUUAACCCCCUACCCUACUCCUCCGCAAACCGUGCAUCCCCAGAGCAGCAAGUGAACAAAACAGCUCUGAAUUCAUUAACUUGUUUACAUUGGGUGCGACCGAGACGAGGGGUUGCGGAGGUGGGGUAGGGUAGGGGGACACCAGAGGCGGAAGUGGUGGCCGGUGGUGUCGCCACGUCACCGCUUGCACGACCACUGGGACGCAGUGCGAGCAGCAACAUUCACAGCCGAUCCGCUGUUGUGAAGAAAGGCAUUUUUUUAAUUGUUCCUGUUGUUUAUGCCGGUAUUUUUCAUCCUUUUCUAGCUCCACCCUCUUGACAGCAACCCGAGUUUAAUGCAGAUUGUUCCAUUCUGCGAGUGUGUUUUGGUUGUUGAUCAGCAUUGGAGAGGGAGGAGAGGUGUGCGUGUGUAGGGGGGACUGGAAUCCGGGAGAUGAUUGCUGUUUUCGCGUUUUCUUCUUUUGUCCCUGAGCUCUGAUUUCAUUCUCAUGCUAGAGUUCGGCAGUCGUAAACAGGGGCGGAGAUCCACGAGUUCGGCCCCUACCCACCUGCCCCCCAUCUCUCCUCCUGUCAGAUCUUUAGACUACAACGAUGUCCAGGUUAUAGCUACGGGUCGAUGGCAAAGGAACCUCGGAGGCAGGUGAAAAUAGGGGGCGGUGUUUACCUUCAGUCCACGGUCGUGUCUGGGAGAGCACGAGGGUCAAGGGUCACGUUUUCCAAGCUCCUUGCUGCAUGUGGAGCCUACCGAGUCUCGCCCGAGCAUGGCUCAGAUCACCGUUUCGGACAAAAGCAUUAUUUAAAAAAAAAAACAACAACAAAAACGAAGGACGUGCGAUUGAGCAUCCACCAUUGCGCACGUGCUGCAAUAUGGUGCAGUGCUUCUAUUUUCGGGCCUGCGCCGUUGCCAUGGCUACAGCACCGAGACCCCUCUUCCCUCUCUUGCAGGCACGGUGCAAGGUCGUGGAGGUCUGCGACGGGCAGGCUGUGGGCGUGCGUGAUGGGAGAUGCUGCAGCUGCACGCGUAGACCGCUCGUGCACGGUGUCGUGCUGGCGGAGGGCAACGGGCAGGCUGGCGGUUUGUGUCGACCAAACCCUAGUGUAAAUACACCAUCAUUGGCUGGUGUCUCAACGAUUCCAACAGUCACGGCAUGGAGGGAACUGGAGGGAGCGUGAGGUGUUUGUUGCUGGCGCUGCGGCCAUUUUGCCCAAGGCAGGGUCCGGGUGGGGUGAGGCUGGGUCGCACGCGCGUUCGUUUUGCUAAGCUGUCUUGCCCGCACGGCUGUAAUUGCCAGAGAGGUUUGGGCUCCCCUGCGGACAUUGUACACUGGGAGUGGACAGUUAUUCGGCCCAAGUUCCACACCAGCCUCCUUACCCCCCAGAUCGUUUUGCCCUGUCCACGAACUUCGGGUUGCGACACUUGCUAGUUGUCGGCGGAUGAGUCACUCUCUACCCUUAGCAAGAACAGCGUUGGUUUGCAUGGUUCUGCUUUCUAUGGCAACGCUGCAUCAGCUAGAGCAGGAGAAAGCACGUCUUGCUAUUCAGGUUCACAAAUAAUGACGACCCACUUCUCCUGUCUUGCCUCCAUUAAAGAUCUCAGCUCGUUAACAAAGGCUGCACGCAAGCAAUGAAAGCGAUCUCGCCAUCCCUCCACAUCUUUAUUACCCCCCAGCCCCCACCCGGGAUUUGCACGACGUGCAGGCGAUGUCACCACGCGAGUGACGUGCAGGUCUCGUCCUCGGUGACAUGUUGCUGGUCACGUGGUCUUGUCGCACGACUGGGACUUACAGACGCGGCCCUUGUUACUAACGCCCGGUGUUAACAGCCAUUUUGAUUCCAGUGCAUGCACGUGAGUGUGGUCCUGUGCAUGUGAGACACGUGCGGUGUGAGAGUGACGUGUGAUGUAGCUCACCUGUCCUGACGUCAGAGUUGUACAAAGAGUGUUUGGGAUAAAGACUGCUUGCGAGGACUUUGCAUGCAAUGUGUGGUAUGAUUUAUUUAAAAAAUGAUUAUUAAUGAAGAGAUUCUUCAAAUAUUGAUGCGCUUGUUCACGUGUCUUCUAUGUUAUAUUUUGUGUAAAACUCGCGCAAACUGUGCAGAGUUGAAAAUGUGUGCAGUUUGUGCCAGCCGUUAAAAUCGUUAACUCCUUGUGUAUGUGGUUGAAACUAAUUACAGUCGUGGCCUGUCGUCUGUGGUUGAAAUUGUCCAUAAGCCCCGUCGUGAGUGUGGUUGAAUUGGUUUUGUUCGUGACUCGUCAUGUAGGUGGUUGAAAAGUGUUCUGAUCGUGACCCAUAUAUACAUAUAUCCGUGGCUGAAAUUUUAAUCGGCCCGUUAAUGCACGUAGGUAAAAAUCAGCCGCUCGAGGUUCAUUGUGUGAAUGUGGUUGAAAUUAUUCUAAUCAGCCAGUCUGGGACUGCAAGGCUGAAGAUACAUUAUGUCCGUGGUGUGUUGUUGGGUGUCAUGGUGUUCGAUUAUUUGUGUAUACAUGUGGACGCUGGACAUUUUUAACUGCGCCUUACUACUCCGAGCCACAAUAUGUAACAACAUAUGUAUGUAGUCUCAUGACCUUUUAUAGUAAAGCCAGAAUCGGACCACC